UUCCCACCCGGGGAGCGUACCGGAGAGCAAUAAGUACCGCGGCGGGCCGUGGGUCGGGACAAGUCGCAUCCCGCCAUGAAGGUCGCCACAGUCAUCCUGCCCGCCUUGGGGCUCCUGCUCGCCGCGCAGCAGGCCGUGUCCGACACGCAUUACGACAACUUCGUCGCGACGCACGGCUGGAAGUUCGGCCACUACGUCGGGGCGUGCACGCUGGCGGCCUACAACAAGUACCCGCAGUUCGGCGCCGCUGCCUGGGCCGGAGUCUGCACCUGCCACACGAGGGCCGUGCAGGUGUCGCAGGUCGGCGGGGUCAACAUCGGACCCUACAUGCGUAGCGUCAUCACGUGCACCCUGACCAGCGUCGUGCCCGGCGUCGCUGUCAUCGGAGCCGAAAUCAUUCACUGCACUGCAGGCAAAAUCAACACCUACGUGGGGCAGGGCGGCAAGUAAACCAGGACCAAAGAGUAACUGUACUGCGAAAUAAACGUGAAACCAUUACUGACAACAAAU